CCGUAUAAGGGCACCGGCGCUGAGAAGCUUACUAGCAAGAAGACGGGGCUGACAGAGCGGUGACAAGAACAACAGCAGAAAUGGAUCGACUCCGGUCUGCAUUCAACAGCAUGAUUAAAAAUGAGCGGUACAGCAGGUUUACUCUGCAGCUGGUGGAGGAAGGAGAAAGGCACGUCGAGGUCAAACUGUCCGACGAUGCCACAGAUGACGCUGCAGAGGCCGAGGGCCAGGCAGGGGGGUCUCCGAGCUUCAGGCCUGCACCUCCGCAUAAAAGCCGGCUUAACAUUUGUUACCUGGUCCUGGCAGCCCUGCUGAUAUUCGUUACUGGUUACCUGAUCGGCUAUGUCAGCCACCGUAAACCUCAGGCGGAGCAGCUCAACUGUGGCACAGAGCUGGAAACGGAAGGGGAACUGGAAGGGACUCCAGCUGUUGUUGCACCAGCUCCUGAAGUUCAGCUGGACUGGAAAGACAUCACCCAACUCCUCAAGCAGAAACUCACCAGCCAGGCCUUUGAUAAGACUCUGAGGGACUUUGAUCUGCCCAGACGUUCAGCAGGAAGUGAGGAAGAUAUCAAUCUGGCGAACCGCAUCUUUGACGUAUUCACUCAACUGGAGAUGGAUCCCUGGAAUGACAUCCAUUAUGUUCAGCUGCAGAUGCCAGACAGUGAUCGCCCAAAUCGUGUCCUGUUUGGUUCAGAUGUCUUCAAGCCGACAGGGUAUCUGGCCUACAGCGCUCCAGGGAAAGUCCAGGGGAAGCUCGUGUACGGCAACUAUGGCCGCCAGGAGGAUCUGGAUGUUCUGCAGAAGAAGAACAUUGAGCUGAAAGGCAGCGUGUUGCUGCUCCGAACUGGAAAGAUCAGUUUUGCAGAGCAGGUGGAUAAUGCUGCCACAAAGGGGGCCUCUGCUGUUCUCAUAUACCCUGAUGUUGAAGAUUACAAGUAUCUAGCGGACACACCACUCUAUGGACAUGUCCAUCUGGGUUCAGGGGACCCCUACACACCUGGAUUUCCCUCCUUCAACCAUACUCAGUUCCCCCCAACUCAGUCGUCUGGCCUCCCCAAAAUCCCAGCCCAGACUAUCACCGCCAACAUGGCUGUAGCUCUUCUACAGAAAAUCGGCGGCCCUGAGUCAGACGCCGGCAGUGGUUUUAAAGGCGGCUUCGCUUCGGUGGCUUACAGACUGGGAGGCAGCGAGAACGUCACUGUGGAGGUGAACAACGUGCUGGUCAACAGGGAGAUCCACAAUGUGUUCGGAGUCAUCAAAGGAUUCACUGAUCCCGAUCGCUACGUUGUGCUGGGAGCUCAGAGAGACGCCUGGGGUAAAGGUUACACCAAGGCCACGGUUGGCACCUCCGUCCUGUUGGAGCUGGCCAAGGCUGUUCGGGAGAUGGUGGAGAAAGAUGGGUUCAGGCCCAGGAGAAGCCUGGUGUUUGCGAGCUGGAGUGCUGGAGAAUAUGGAAGCGUUGGCGCCACCGAGUGGUUGGAGGGUUAUAUGUCCUCUAUUGACAAAAGGGUCUUUAGCUACAUAAGCCUGGAUGGAGCGGUCAUGGGUCGUGGGAGCUUUAUGGCCUCAGCAAGUCCACUGCUCCACAGCCUCCUCGAGAGCACGAUGAAAGAGGUGCAGAGUCCUCUUGGUUCUGGCACCGUGUACGAUAUGAUGGGAAAAAGUAACUGGGAGGCCAAUACACUGAGGCCAAUGUCAAUGGACGACCCUGCCUAUCCCUUCCUGGCCUUCUCUGGGAUUCCCUCCAUCUCUUUCCACUUCAUCUCCCCCAACACUGAGGCCUACACUUACUACGGCACCAACCUGGACAGCAAGGAUCACCUCAAUUACGAAACCAACCAUCACACCAGUGAAGUGACGGCGGUGGCGGCACAGUUCGCGGGUCAGAUGGCUCUGCGACUGAUCCACGACCACCUGCUCAGCCUGGAUGUGAGCCGGUACAGCAGCGUCCUCACCAAGGCUGUGGUCCAGGUCUACAAACGCAUCAACCAGCUCUCACAGUCUGGUGAGCUGAAGGGAGUGAAUCCCACCUGGCUAAACCGAGCACGCGGCUCCUUCCAGCGAGCUGCAAGCGGCAUCAGCAACGCCAUCGCCAACACUGACUUGAAUGACAAGGAGGCCUGUCGGACCCUCAACGACAGGAUCAUGAGGGUUGAGCACACCCUCCUGUCUCCAUACGUGUCCCCCAUCGAGACUCCCUUCCGUCACCUCCUGCUGGGUCGGGGCUCCCACACUUUGGCAUCCAUCGCUGAAACCACCGACAUGGAGCAGCUCCGCACCCAGCUGGCUCUGGCCACCUGGAGCGUGCAGGGAUGUGCCAACGCCAUGGUGGGAAACAUCUGGGACAUCGAUGAGGAAAUCUAAAGACGAGGGGGGGGGGGGCGAGCGAGGUGUGAGCGUGGGUGUCCUGUGUGUGUUGUUGGAAUGAAAUGCGAAGUAGAGCAGAGGGAGGAGCUCCAAUAUCAGCACUUAAGCACAAGCUGUCAAUCAGAGGUCUAAGCCCCACCCUUUUAAAAGAUGGGUGUCUUAAUCCCACAAAAAUCCAGGAGGAGGUAGAAAAGUGUGAAACACAGUAUUAAAAACUGUGAACCGAAUACUUGAAGAAAUUAAAUACUACUGACUAAUCUGCCUCCUCUCUCACACAUCAGACCAGUCGAAGCCUUCGCUGUGACCUCUCGCCAUCAAAACACUGAGAAACCUUAUUUAUACUUCUGUUUUUUAUCAGUGGCAGUGCCCACUAUAAACUUAUUGUUUGUCUUUUUAUACGACGUUAUCGGAAGCAGUGCCUUCCAUAAUUAUGACGGUUAUACUGUCUAAUCUUACGGCAGCAUCUGCUACAGAAAUGACUCCUCAACUGUUGCUGACAAAAUGGAGCCCCUGUUAAAGUGAGAUUUUUUUUUUUGUUUGUUUGUUUUUCAUGGCUUUCAUUUCUUCCUUUUGAUUCCAGGCGACAUACUUGCAAUGAGAAAGUGGUGCACAGCAGCGGCGCUUUGCUGUGGCACCAUGGUGGUUAUUUAAAAAGCACUAAAAGGGAGAAAUGAAGGGCAGAAAACAGUCUUUCCUGAUCUAGUGUCAGUAUUUAAAUUUGUCUGUUUAAAAACUAGAAAACUGAAAUUAAGAUAAGUGUUCGACUGGAUUUAUUCUGCGCUUGAUGUCAGGAUGAAUGCUAAAUUGGAAAAAAAAAAAAACAAGAUGAUAAACCAUCCAGAAAUGUAGCAAAACAUUAUCAAACCCUC